AUCUCGCGGCAGUUGUGUUUCAUCCAUCGGGCGGGGAGUCUGUUGGAGUUGGCGUCGCGAGCUUUUUACCACGUGUGCCGGCACCACGUGUUCAGUGGAAAGCAUGUUGUGCGCAUGAAAAUGCUCUUUGAUUGAAUGCGACAAAAUGAUUUAUAGCUAUUUCAGUCCAGAGCCAGAGGAACACUAGGAAUGGCAGGAGAUAGGACGGCCCUAGCAGAUCGACUAAGAUUAACAACGUUUGUAGCAGUUUACGUCUAUUCAUUAUUAUCAACAGUAUUCGGCGAGGAUUCAUUUGCUCUGCCUCCAUCUUUUGCACUUGGGAGUAAUUUAGAAGUAUCAGAAUACGAUCUGCUUGCGGCUGUGAAAAUUCCUUUUCAAGAUCCGAAGACCCAGUACAUCGACGAGGAUGGCCAUGACGGAUUUCCCGCUCUUGGCUUCAAAUCCGGAUCCGACGUGAAAAUAGCUCACCGCCAAAUAUUGCCGGAAAAACUGCCAUCGGAAUUUUCAAUUUUAAUUAGUGCAAAACCGCGAUCCAGAAAGGGCGGAUUUAUAUUCGCCGUAGUCAACCCAUACGAUACUGUUGUAGGAUUGGGAGUAAGAAUUGCUCCAGAGGGAACGAGUAAUACCGUCAUAUCUUUAUUUUACACGGACACUUCUCAUAUUGCUUCCCAGAUUAUCGCAAAUUUUACUGUUAAUAGAUUCAAUGGAAAAUGGACGAGAUUCGCUUUUCGGUUAUCCGUCGAGAAUGUCACAUUAUUUUUUAACUGUAACGAAACGGAAACAUUUCCCGUCAAACGGGAACCAUUAGAAUUAAUUUUCGAUUCGGCUUCCACGCUAUAUAUUGCACAAGCCGGACCUGUCAUCGGGGAACCCUACGAGGGCGCCUUGGACCAAGUGAAAAUAUUCCGCGAUCCUAACAUGGCAGCAGAUCAAUGUAAAACAGAUUUUCAGGGUUUUCAAAAGCUCAAUCCCGAAAACGAAAACGAAAUAGAUGAAGUCGAACGCAGCGACUAUGAUGGAACAUUCAGAGAAGGAAGUGGAUCAGAAGACUACGGUUUUAUUCCACCUCCACCCCCACCCCCAAAUGGUAAGCCUUGCAUUUGUGAUAACGAGAAUUGUUGCAACUAUCUUUUCAAUGAUAUCAAAGCUAGCCUCGGAAAUAAGGGCGAAAAAGGCGACAGAGGCCCAAGGGGCCCUCCUGGCGAAUCAAUCAGGGGACCACCGGGUCCCCCAGGCCCUCCUGGCUUGCCAGGACCUGCAGCCCCCGAGGGGGUGUGUUCUUGUAAUUUUACUAGUUUGAUAAGUUCCUUAUCAUCAACAAACUCAAUGGGUGAGGGUAAGCCAGGCCCUCCUGGUAUGACAGGCCAACCGGGGUUUCCUGGGGAUAAAGGUAUCCCGGGCCUUCCGGGGGAUAAAGGUGAGAGGGGUGAGCGUGGUCCUCAAGGACCAAUUGGACUGCAAGGACCUAAGGGUGAACCUGGGAAGGAUGGACUUCCUGGAAAACCAGGUGCUCCGGGCCCUCCAGGACCCCCUGGUCCAGUCGAAUUCGAAAAUGUCGACCCGAGUUGGAAACCUAGAGGUCCGUUUAAGGAGACAGUCCUUGGAGGACCUCUUGUACGUCCUGGCGUCCCCGGAGCCAAAGGCGAGCCCGGCAAACCCGGCCCUUCCGGCCCUCGAGGAGAAAAAGGUCCCGUGGGAACGAAGGGAUCUCGCGGGGAUCCCGGCCCGAAAGGCGAACGAGGAGAUCGAGGUUUUCCCGGUGAAAGAGGUCCCCCGGGUGUUAAAGGAGAGUCCGGGAGUCCGGGUUUGGACGGAAUACCCGGAAAUCCCGGAAAGCAUGGCGAUAAGGGAGAAAAGGGGGCUGUGGGGCCUCAAGGACCACCAGGCCCGCCCGGGAUUGCGUAUAGUGGUGACAUGACGGGUAUUGUACCGGGUUUACCGGGACAGAAGGGAGAACCGGGCGAAAAAGGUCCAAAGGGGGACAAGGGUGAAGAGGGAGAAGCUGGAAUACCGGGAGUUCCGGGAAUGAAAGGAGUGCCAGGUGGAGUUGGGGAGAAGGGGGAACAGGGGGAAAGUGGGGCUAUUGGGCCAGUGGGCCCCCCAGGGUCUAAGGGAGAAAAGGGGGAAAGGGGGCCGCCGGGAAGCAUCAUUAUGCCCAACGGAAAUGAAGAAAUUAUAACAGUAAAGGGUGAUAAAGGAGAUAUGGGUAGACGAGGCAGACGGGGAAAACCCGGACCUCCAGGACCAGCAGGCCCUCCGGGAAAAUCGGGUCCUGUGGGAGAAAUAGGACUUCCUGGGUGGAUGAAUGGGAAGGGUCGACCGGGUGCUUCAGGAUUACCAGGAAUUCCGGGACCAAAGGGUGAAAAAGGAGACUCGGGAGGGCCUAAAGGUGAUAAGGGCGACAAAGGUGAUAAAGGCCUAGAUGGAAUUCCUGGAAGAGAUGGGCGAGACGGCAGUCCGGGUCCUCCGGGUUUACCUGGACCGACUUCUCCAGAUGAAACGAUCCGAUAUGUGCCAGUGCCGGGCCCUCCUGGACCUCCCGGACCGCCCGGAAUUCCCGGAGUUUCGGUAACAGGACCAAAAGGCGAACCGGGCGGCACGCCAUAUGGAGAACCGACGUAUAACUUACGACCAGGAACAAGAAGUAGUUUGGAAGAAUUGAAGGCUUUGAGAGAACUAAAGGAUUUGAAGUCAGGCAGAUCCACAGCAAGUCCACCGAUAUUCACGGCUUCUGAACAAGAAGUUGCGACUCGCAUUGUGCCCGGAGCUGUAACUUUCCAGGACCAUGACGCCAUGAUAAAGAUGUCGUCGGUCAGUCCCGUGGGAACUUUGGCCUAUGUUAUUGAAGAAGAAGCGCUUCUUGUGCGAGUUAAUAACGGUUGGCAAUACAUUGCGUUGGGAUCCGUUCUACCCGUGACCACCCCCGCGCCGCCCACCACAACUGGCCCGCAACUAAGGCCGCCUUUCGAAGCCAGUAAUCUCAUUAAUCACAUAUCGAAACCAGCUGAUGUUCCCAAUUGGUAUCCAAAAAUGUUGCGUAUGGCGGCAUUGAAUGAGGCAUACACCGGAGACGUUCACGGCGUUCGCGGUGCAGAUUAUUCCUGUUAUCGCGAAGCUCGACGUGCGGGCUUGCGAGGCACUUUCCGAGCUUUUCUAUCAUCUCGCGUUCAAAACGUCGACUCCAUUGUGCGCCUAGCGGAUCGCAAACUGCCUGUAUCUAAUCUCCGAGGUGAAGUACUUUUCAACUCUUGGUCUGAGAUGUUCAAAGGGGACGGCGCGCCAUUCCCGCAUCCGCCACGCAUUUACUCUUUUAAUGGCAAGAACGUAUUAACUGAUCUUUCUUGGCCCCACAAAGCCGUGUGGCAUGGGGCGUUAGUGAAUGGCGAAAGGGCUUUGGACACGUCAUGUGACGCCUGGCAUUCGGCAUCCAGAGACAAAGUGGGACUCGCUGGAUCGCUCAAAGGACCCACACUCUUAGAGCAAACACCAUACACUUGCGACAAGAAACUCAUCCUACUUUGUAUUGAGGCCACCAGCGAAUUGUUCGUCCAAAGGAAACGGAGGGAUUUAGAUAACAGUAACGACGAAAUAUUGAACGAGGACGAUUAUCACACUCUAAUAAGUCUCAUCAAUUGAAGAAAAACUUUGUGAUUGGUCAACGACCGUUCCAUCCAUAGUCAGACAUCGAUAAUUCCGUGUCAUCUCUAGUACACAAGUCCAACAUUUUAAAUUUAAGGUUAAACACAUAAUUAUCUAUAAGAUACGAAACCUACGUAAUAAUACAAAAUUUAAUGUAACCAAAUAGUUGUAUUCCGUUGUUAUAAAUUUAGCUUUUUUUUCUUCACCGUCAUAACGUCUAUAGAGAAUUUAUAUAGUUUUAUAAUCAUUUCAUUGUUUAAAAUAAACACAAGGAAAUUAAAAGGAAACAACGUUAAAUAAAUUCCUUUUAAGUUCCGAAACUCGUAAAUGUACUUAUCGUUUUCUCGCGUUUUUUAGCUUUCUCUAAGUGUAUAAAUAUUGUUUUUAUAUCUGACUACAUAUCAGAUUUAAAUUAAGUUACGAUGACAAUGUAUGUAUGUUAAAGUUAUGUUCAAUGGACUGAUUGUAAAUACUUGUGAGUUGCAAAAUGUUUUGGUGUAAAUGUUACAAAUAGUAUUGAAUGCCAUGUAUUUGUAAUAAAUUAUUUAUAAAU